AUCAUUUUCAUCCGGGCAUUCCCAGACACUAACGAUGAGGCUGCACCUGGCGGCGAUCCUCAUCCUCUGCAUCGAGCACGUAACUAAGGCGGUCGCCCAGGGAAUGCCGAUCAGUCCGUGCCCCAAGGUGUUUCAGUACCGCUUCGACGGCAGCGAAUGGUUCGGCCUGAUGGCCGUGCGCAGUCCGGAUGGCCACCAGCCGCUCCACAUCCGAGUGACGCUCUCGAUGCGUGGCAAGCCCACCACGAACUAUCUGGGCGAAAUCGAGCUACUCACACGCGGCAAGUUCACCCACAAUGCACCGGUGCUGUACAAGAUCCGCUUUCCCAAACAUCACUUUCCGCCCAAGCUGCUCCUCAUGUCGGCCAACAAUCAUGUGAUCUGCUUCGGAUCCGGCGAGCACAGCAUCUUCAUGACCCAAAUCCAGUUGGAGCACAUCAGGAAGUUGUCCUUUAUACCGGAUAAGAAGAGCUCCCUGCUGCUGGAUCCCGAGGAGGAGGAGGAGGUGCGAAAAACGGACGACAAGCCGCCCAGUACGCCGCACAUCCAGUUCAAGAAAAAACCCUUUGCCCAGGCGCCCAAGGAGAUUUGCGGACGCAUCGACAGGGAUCUGGACUUUCACUUGUCCCAAAGAACGGAAUCACUACAUGGCGAAAUCGGUGAACCAAAGAGCUCCGAUGGCAUCACAUCGCCAGUUUUUGUCGAUGACGAUGAAGAUGAUGUCCUGGAGCAUCAGUUCGUGGACGAAUCAGAAGCAGAAGCGAUAGAAAGCGAUAGCGCAGAUAGCCUGCCAUCGAUCACCAGAGGAUCGUGGCCUUGGCUAGCGGCCAUCUAUGUGAACAACCUGACCUCCCUGGACUUCCAGUGCGGCGGUUCGCUUGUCUCGGCACGUGUGGUUAUCAGCUCGGCGCACUGCUUCAAGUUGUUCAAUAAGCGCUACACAUCCAACGAGGUGCUCGUCUUUCUGGGCCGCCACAAUCUGAAGAACUGGAACGAGGAGGGAUCUCUGGCGGCCCCCGUCGAUGGCAUUUACAUUCAUCCCGACUUCAACAGUCAGCUGAGCAGCUACGAUGCGGAUAUCGCAGUGAUUAUACUCAAGGACGAAGUUCGAUUUAACACCUUUAUUCGACCCGCUUGCCUGUGGUCUGGUUCCAGCAAAACGGAGUACAUUGUGGGCGAGCGGGGCAUCGUCAUCGGCUGGAGCUUUGACAGAACGAACAGGACGCAGGAUCAGAAGCUGUCGUCGGGGCUACCGGGCAAGAUCUCCACCGAUGCCAGUGCACCCAAGGUAGUAAAGGCUCCCAUUGUCGGCAAUGCCGAAUGCUUUCGGGCCAAUGCCCACUUUCGCAGCCUAUCCUCAAACCGAACCUUCUGCGCCGGCAUCCAGGCGGAGGAACGAGAUAAGCAUCAGAGCGGUGCGAGCAUUUACACCGGUAUAUCUGGGGCCGGACUUUUCAUCCGCCGGAACAAUCGCUGGAUGCUGCGUGGCACAGUAUCAGCGGCCCUGCCCGCCGUAGAGUCACCGGAUGCGGAAUCUAGCCAUAAGCUUUGCUGUAAGAACCAGUACAUCAUAUAUGCCGACGUGGCCAAGUUUCUGGACUGGAUCACGGCCUUCGUAAUUUGAAUCGCAUCCGAAAUGUGUAUGGGAACGCAUUUCUAAGUGAGCGCUGUGAUAGCCCCUUGGGCAUGGCGAUGGGAAAAAGUUACUCGGAGUAAUUAGCGGAUAUCGGUUUUUUUUUUUUUUGGCUAGUUUCACUACGAAAACUUCUGAUUAUGGCAUUUCAGUUAUACUUUUAUCUAAGACAGUAGGGCAAUUCAAAUAAUAAAUUAUGGCACGGGAAAGCCAAAAGCAAUUUUCCCAUAGAAUCGCUGCGCUUUUAGAUCUCCACCUUAAAAUUAACAUUAAAAAUCUCGAAAUUUGCAAUGUUUAAAAGUUCCUCCGACCAACAUAUAGAAAACAUGUAUGUAGAAUCACAGUGUGUUGGCGCUCGUGAACAAAGGAAGCUGCCAAUUUCCGGAGUGGGCGGCCUGGCCCGUCUGAGUGGCGUUCACCCAUGGACACCUGGACACCCUAAUUACCAGCGGCAGACUGCACUGCGCAUAUGCUGACUACUAUCAAGCACGUCAUCAGCCGCAAUCGUCGUCAUCGCCAUCUGGGCCGUUAUCUAUCUUGCUGGGUUGUUGGGGCAUCGACAGCAGUCGGCGGUAUCCAUCGACUUUCAGUUCCGUCCGGACCGUGGCAGCUGGUGCAUCACACCCGGGGCUCUGGGCCCGUUCGUCUACGGACAUCCGCAAUCGAUGAAGAUCUUCAGACAAGUGCAACGCAUUGAAUUGUGAACGUGCCCGGUAGUUGGUAGUGAAUAUUUUACAGAAAUGGCCAUAUUUG